CUAACAGCUUCCAUCCCGGUAAACGGAACACGGCGGUGCUUUAGACACUUAGCCGAUGUGUGUAACCCGUAAUGGCUGUCGUUGGGUUUGACUAGCUAGACUUAAUUCAGGUAGCGUCCUGGGGAGACUCAUUUCACAUCGUUUUCUUCUAGAAGGUGUAGUGCUGUUGAAGUGCAAUCAUGGUGGACACCACCACCUCCAUGAAGAUGACCACACUGGCCAUCCAGAACCUGUUCAGCUAUGUAGAGGAAGAAAACCUGUCUGCCGUCAAGGUGCAUUUGGAUAAGUUCAAAGAGGUGGAUGGCAGGAGUGAUAAUGGACAGACUCCUCUGAUGCUGGCUGCUGAACAGGGUAGCCUUGAAAUUGUGCAGGAGCUCAUCAGGCGGGGAGCAAAUGUCAACUUGGACGACGUGGAUUGCUGGACAGCUCUGAUCUCAGCAUCCAAAGAGGGGCAUGUGGAGGUGGUGAAAGAGUUCCUGGAGAAUGGUGCUUAUAUAGAGCACAGGGAGAUGGGAGGGUGGACUGCGCUCAUGUGGGCUGCGUACAAGGGGCGUGUGGAGGUAACUAAAGUCCUGCUUGAGAAUGGGGCCAACCCCAACACCACUGGACAGCAGUACAGCGUGUAUCCAAUCAUCUGGGCAGCUGGACGAGGACACGCACAGAUUGUUCACCUCCUGCUACGCCACGGGGCCAAAGUCAACUGCUCUGACAAGUAUGGAACCACUCCAUUGAUCUGGGCGGCCAGGAAGGGUCACUAUGACUGUGUGAUGCACUUGCUGGAAAACGGUGCUGAUGUUGACCAGGAGGGAGCGAACUCGAUGACGGCACUAAUUGUGGCUGUGAAGGGUGGCUACACAGAGGUGGUGAAGGAACUGCUGAAGAGGAAUCCCAAUGUGAACAUGACAGACAAAGAUGGCAACACUGCCUUGAUGAUCGCUGCCAAGGAGGGCUACACGGAAAUUGUGCAGGAUCUGCUUGAUGCUGGCACCUACGUCAACAUUCCGGACAGGAGUGGAGAUACUGUUCUCAUUGGAGCAGUGAGAGGAGGUCACGUGGAGAUCGUCAGGGCGUUGCUGCAAAAAUACGCUGACAUUGACAUCAGGGGGCAGGAUAACAAGACUGCCUUGUAUUGGGCUGUGGAGAAGGGAAAUGCCACCAUGGUGAGGGACAUCCUGCAGUGCAACCCCGACACAGAGAUCUGCACUAAGGAUUGCGAAACGCCACUGAUCAAGGCAACCAAGAUGAGGAACAUUGAUAUCGUGGAGUUACUUCUGGACAAGGGGGCCAAGGUGUCUGCGGUAGACAAGAAAGGGGACACACCCCUUCACAUUGCCAUUCGAGGGAGAAGUCGUAGGCUGGCUGAGCUCCUACUCCGCAACCCUAAGGAUGGACGCCUGCUGUACCGACCCAACAAAGCAGGAGAGACGCCCUACAACAUUGAUUGCAGCCACCAGAAGAGUAUUCUCACGCAGAUCUUUGGUGCCCGCCACCUGUCCCCCACGGAGUCCGACGGGGACAUGUUGGGCUACGAUCUGUACAGCAGCGCCCUGGCAGACAUCCUCAGUGAACCCACCAUGCAGCCCCCCAUCUGUGUGGGCCUGUAUGCCCAGUGGGGCAGCGGCAAGUCCUUCCUGCUAAAGAAACUGGAAGACGAGAUGAAGACUUUUGCCGGCCAGCAGGUGGAGCCACUCUUCCAGUUCUCCUGGCUGGUGGUCUUCCUGUCACUGCUGCUUUGUGGAACUGUAGCCCUGGUGCUGGGCUUCACUGUGGACCCCCGGCUGGCAAUCGCUGUAUCCCUCAGCUUACUUGCCCUGCUCUACCUCUUCUUUGUGGUGGUGUACUUUGGGGGGCGCAGAGAAGGUGACAGCUGGAACUGGGCAUGGGUCCUCAGUACCCGCUUGGCACGCCACAUUGGUUACCUGGAGCUGCUGCUCAAGUUGAUGUUUGUGAACCCUCCUGAGCUCCCGGAACAGACCACUCGUGCCCUGCCUGUCAGGUUCCUGUUCACGGACUAUAACCGGCUGUCCAGCGUGGGUGGGGAAACCUCCAUGGCGGAAAUGAUAGCCACUCUGUCAGAUGCCUGUGAGCGUGAAUUUGGCUUUCUGGCCACAAGGCUCUUCCGGGUCUUCAAGACAGAGGACACGCAAGGGAAGAAGAAGUGGAAGAAGACGUGCUGUGUGCCAUCUUUCAUCAUUUUUGCUUUCAUCCUGGCCUGUCUCAUCACGGGAAUGGCGCUGCUGGCCGUCUUCAAGGUGGACGGCCGCAACAGGACCGUGAACGCGGUGCUGGUGGCCAUGGCCAGCGUGGUGGGCCUGGCGCUGGUGCUCAACUGCCGCACGUGGUGGCAGGUGCUUGACUCUGUGCUUAACUCGCAGCGGAAACGGCUCCACGGCGCCGCCAACAGGAUGCACAAACUCAAGAGUGAGGGCUUCAUGAAGGUACUGAAGUGUGAGGUGGAACUGAUGGCCAAAAUGGCAAAGACCAUUGAUGGAUUCACACAGAACCAGACGCGCCUAGUGGUCAUCAUUGAUGGUCUGGACUCCUGCGAGCAGGAUAAGGUGCUCCAGAUGCUGGAUACGGUAAGGGUGCUGUUCUCCAAGGGCCCCUUCAUUGCUAUCUUUGCCAGCGACCCACACAUCAUCAUCAAAGCCAUCAACCAGAACCUGAACAGUGUGCUGCGUGACUCCAACAUCAAUGGACAUGACUACAUGCGCAACAUCGUCCACCUGCCUGUAUUCCUGAACAGUCGGGGCCUUAGCAGUGCUCGUAAGAUGUGUGCACCUGCAUCUACAGCUGCUCCUGCGCCUCCUAAUGGGGAGGCCACUAACACUGAAGGUUGGCAUGAAGACCUAGACAGGAAACUUUCUCAGCACAGCCUUGGGGAACUAACCAAAUUUGGCAGCAAGACCACACUCAAUAGGAGGGAUACGUACCGGCGUAGGCAGAUGCAGCGUACUGUGACACGCCAGAUGUCUUUUGACCUGUCGAAACUGCUGGUGACUGAGGACUGGUUCAGUGACAUCAGCCCCCAGACAAUGAGGAGACUGCUCAACAUUGUGUCUGUCACAGGACGACUGCUCAGAGCAAAUCAGAUCACCUUCAACUGGGAUCGCCUGGCAUCCUGGAUCAACUUGACAGAGCAGUGGCCCUACAGGACAUCCUGGCUCAUCCUGUUCUUGGAGGAGACAGACAGUGUCCCUGACCAGGCAACACUUAAGACCAUCUAUGAGAGGAUUUCAAAGAACAUCCCAACAACCAAAGAUGUGGAACCACUGCUAGAGAUUGAUGGGGAUGUGCGAAGCUUUGAGGUCUUCCUGUCCUCUCGGACCCCUGUCCUCACAGCAAGGGACAUCAAGACCUUCCUGCCCUGCACAGUAAACCUUGAUCCCAAACUCAGGGAGAUCAUCGCAGAUGUGCGUGCUGCCAGGGAGCAGAUGAAUAUUGGUGGUGUGACCUAUCCCACAUUGCCCCUGCAGGAUGCCCCUGCCCGAGCCCCUUCUGUCUACAGCCAGCAUUCCUCAGCUUGCUCACCCACCGCUUCCUUCAAUGGCCCUUACAACUCUGUUGGAGUGGUGUCCCCUCAGCCUCCAAGCAGUUACUUCAGUGGCAUGACUGGGCCUCAGCAUCCCUUCUACAACAGGCCAUAUUUCCCCCAUCAUGUUUAUCAUCUGCCAAGGCAGUACAUUGGCAGCAUCCAUCAUGCCCUGCCACGCCCUUCCAUUAAAACCGGCUUUCCCAGAGAUUGCAGCAGUGGACUUCACUUUAGGACACAUUCUUUCAGACAGAAGCAGGGUCCUGCCUCAGUCGUGUCUGGAGCCCCAGUGGUUCUACUGAGCUCCAUGAACACAGAUGCAGUGUGUGAGCGGGUGAAGCAGAUUGAAGGCAUCGACCAGAGCAUGCUGGGGCAAUACACGACCACCAUCAAGAAGGCUAACGUAAAUGGCCGUGUCCUGUCCCAGUGCAACUUGGAUGAGCUGAAAAAGGAAAUGAGCAUGAAUUUUGGGGACUGGCAGCUGUUCCGUGGGAUGGUGAUGGAACUGCGUCACACUGAGAACCAGGUGCUACACGAGGGGGCUCCCAGUGAGCCAGGAAGCAGUGCGGUGGGCCAUGGUGAAAUGCCUCGGCGUACCGGAGGGGUGGCCCAUGACAGUUCGGUCAACCCAGAUACGUCCCCCAUGUACAACUUCAACCUGAGCUUUGAGGAACUGAGCACCGUUGGCCUGGAUGAGCCACAGAAGCAGAGUAACUCCCACUGGGUUGCCACCUCUCACAGGACCCCCAGCAUGUCCAGCCUGAAUUCACAAGAAUCUUCCAACGACAUCUCCAAACUGACUGACAAGCAGCAGGCAGAAUACCGUAAUGCAUAUCAGGAGUACAUUGCCCAGAUGGCCCAGCUUGAAGGUACAGGAGGUGGGACUGAGAAGUCCAUGCAGCCCCAUCCUGGGCAGUUUAUGCAUCCCAUAGAUGAUAAAGGAAAAGAGGCUGGCGAGCAGGACGGCCGCAAGCCUUUCACCAAGAGAGCGGGCAACAAAACGCCUGAUGCUGUCGACUACACCCCCUCUGCUGCUGACGCUACACCGCUGGACCCAAUCACUGAGGAGGAUGAGAAGCCCGAACACGGCAGCUCCAAAACGCUACUGGGUCGCAAGAUGUCAAGUGAAAGGGUCGGAAUCUUCCAGGGUGCUGACCUAAAACUGAAGGCAGCUGGAGGGCCCCGGUACCAGAAGUUGACCAGUGACGACGAAGAAUCUGAGGAGUCAGACAACACCCCGUUGCUUGGGGAUGGAAAGAAGCCAGAUGCCAAGACUGCCCCAGAUGGUACACGUCCAGUGGUGAAGGGCAAGGAGUACCUGUCGGAUGCUAUGCUGGACAAGAAGGACUCCUCUGACUCCGGUGUGAGGUCCAGCGAGAGCUCCCCCAACCACUCUCUGCAAGAUGAGGAGGCAGACCUGUCGCAACUGGAAAGAAGCAGCCUAAUCGAGCUGGAUGAGGAGAGCGCAGCCCGCAAGAGAGGACUGCCUCACAGUCUGAGCGGCCUGCAGGACCCCACCAUAGCACGCAUGUCCAUCUGCUCUGAGGACCAAUGCAGCCUUCUUGCUAGCAGCCCUGAGGAGAGCUGGCCUUCCUCCAAGGCCUACAACCUGAACCGUACACCCAGCAACACCACUCUCAAUAACAAUACCAACAACGCACAGCUGGGCAAUCGCCAACAGCCAAGCGAAGGCACCCCGGCCAAUGUCAUCGUCGCCCCCAGCUCCAGCACCACCGCGACCACUGCACCCGUCGACAAUGUACGUGUGGUGCACUUCAAGAGAGGGCUGAACCCUGGAGACCCCCCAGAGAUCCGUACAGUCUCCUCGGAGACUGUUACGUUUGGUGAGGAGAGGGAGAGCAUCCUCUGAAGGUGAAGACCCCGAAAAGAAUGUCUCCCUUCAUGUGAAGACCAAGAAAUACCAUUCCCAGAAGUGUCAUAGAUGUUGUUUGUAGUCGCAUGCUACAAUAUUGCAUAGUAAAAUGGAGAAAUUGAGUAGAGUUACAAGCAUAAAGUAGAUUGUAGAUUGCUCAUGUUUUAUGUGCCCAGAACCACAACUUUUGUCCUGUAUAUUUAACACUGAAAUUGUGAUCUGUACCAUGACUGUUUGGUUUUGUGGUAGAACUUAAUUUUGAAGACCAGGACAAAGAAUACCAUGUUAAAUGUAUCUAAAAGUCACAUGAAAGUUUUAGAUUGUUUUGGUUGUAUGUAUCUGAACUAACAAAGUGGUGGUCAGCAUAGAUUUGUGGAGUUUGCUCUGUAGAACUACCUGUGUUAAUGGAUAGUAGUCCCCAUCUAUGAAUUUGUAUGCAUGUUUGGUGUUGUGCUACAGUAUUGCAUGCAAAUGUGGUUACUUCCACAUGUGUUUAUCACUACUUAAGUCAGCUAAACUGCUUAACCAGUUUUAACAGUAUUUAUGGGGUCUACUUCAGUGUUUGAAUUUUCAGCGAUUGUGUGCCAUGUUUAGAAUUCUCGUAGCUUUACUGUUAAUUUGUAAUGUUUGCUUCAAAUUUGUGACGAGCAGGCCUGUGUUUGCAAGAUCCAAACUUGCAUGGCUUAACAGAACCAGAUUGUUGUUGAGUGUGGUGCUUGUGCAGUGAUGUAGCAGCAUGUGUUGCAGGUGUCUAAUAAAUUGACAAACAUUAAUAGGCUGUAGUUCUUGAAAUUGUCACUGUCAUAUUUAUUGAAACAAACUUGGGAAAUAAACAUCUAUUCUAAA